UGAGGAGUGAAGGUGUUGGGAGGGUAGCUGUGUGUUGCUGGUGCUUUAUUUAAUAUGGAUUUACGCUGAUCAGGAUGGUGAUACGGGCCGUGGCUGCCUGUGUGUGGUGGUGAAGCUUAGCGCCUAUUUGAGAGGUUCAGAAGCUGCUGCUCAGGACGGCCAAUAACACUGCAAUAUUGGUGGCGAUGGCGGUGGUGGCCUGGCUGGUGUUGUCGGCUGUCCUGCUGGUCGGCUCCCUCGGCCUGCAGACCUGCCUGUCCGUCCUACUGUCUGUCAUUCUUUUUGGCUGUGGGUGGCUGGUGGCACUGCGGUGGUGUUCCCUGGAGGAGAGUGAGCAGAUGUGGCUAAACAUUCACCGCGCCCAUUUGCCGCUGCCGAGGGACCACCACGACAAGGUGUUUGGCAGCAUCCAGUUGAACAGCAGCGUGGAGAAGCAGGACCGCCGGGUGACUGGGUCCAGCCUGAUUGACGAGCAGUUACAGAGUGUGGUGACGUUGGUGGUGAGGGACUUUGUGCUCAACUGGUACACGGAGCUCUCGGGACACCAGGCCUUCCUCGGACAGCUCCACCGCUCCCUCCAGCACUCCCUCGUGGUGCUGGCCAAUAGGUGCAAGAGCAUGGACUGGGUGGGUUACCUGACGACACGCCUGGUGGACGACAUCGCCUCACACCUGCGGCUGUUCCGGGAGGCUCGGUCGGCCAUGGCGCGGGGCAAGGCGGGGCAGGAGCUGAUUGACCAGUUCUUUGAGCGCGAGGCAGAGAAGGAGAAGGAUAUUUGCCGCGAUGAAGUGUGUCUCAAGCCCGAUGCUGAGAAAGACUACCUGAGUGACCUGGCUGAGAUCGUGCUGUACUACAUUCUGCCGCCUGAGGACUUCUCCAACGCUCCGCUCCGUGCCGCUGUGCUGGAGAUCCUGGUGUCCUCCGUCAUCCUGCCCGUCGUCACCCUCAUCUCUGAUCCCGACUACAUCAACACACUCAUCAUCUGGGCCUGUACAGGCAUCCCAGUGACCAGCGAGCUCUUUGUGACGGUGAUAAAGGGAACAAGCAACGUGGGUGAGCUGGAGGCCGUGCGCAGUCUGGUGGUGAAGGAGACAGCCAGCCUGCGGUCAAGGGACUCCGGCAACAGGGAUGAAGGGUCGGAGGUGAAGCAGCAGCUGGGUAGUCUGGAGUUCAUUAAGAGGGUCAUUGACAACAGGAUCAACCGCAUCGACAAGGGAUCAGAGACAGACUCCAUGGGCCUCUCGGUGAACCUGGAUUACCGCAAACUGGCGCGUGGCAAACUGUUCCAGCUUCCCCUUGAGGCCAUCUUGAAGAACAGCCUCACCCUUGACCAUUUCCUCAAGUACAUGGCCUCCAUCAACACCCAGCACUACCUCAACCUCUACCUCAACAUCGAGUGCUGGCGCACCACAGUGAACGAGCGUCUGUGUGCCCUGGAGCUGGAGAGGCUGCAGCACCUGGAGGAAUCAGGGGUGCAAGGGUCAGGGGUCACCAUGAUGGACAUUUGCCACGACCACUUCUCCGCCAAUGACCUCUCGUCCCACAAGGAGGAGGCUGAAAUUAUCUAUGAGCAGUACUUGUCCGAGAAGGCCAGUCCCCGAGUGGCCAUGGACGACAGCAUAGUGAAGCGUUUAAUUCUUCGCAUGCGCUCUGAGAAAGUGAGCGAGACCUGGUUUGAUGAGGUGCAGUCUGCUCUCUUCCUCACCCUGCAGGAGGCCGACUUGUUCCUCCCGGCCUUCAGGAGGUCCAUGUGGUACAUUAAGCUCUUGGCUGAACUUGACCUACUCAAAGACGUAUCGAGAUCGGAUGAGGAAGAUUCACAGUCACUGGAUGAUGUCAGCUUCAACUCUCUAGAACAGGUCGAGGAAGGGGAUGGCCUAUGCCAGCCUACUGUGGCCCUGAGCAGCGGCAGCAGCGGCGGGGAGGCACCCAGGGCGGGGGACUCUCACUCCACCUCCUCCAGCCACUCUGCUCAUUCUGACGAGAAGCACCUCCGCAGUGUGUCCAGAAGCUCCUCACGUGCACAGUCCCCCCAGCCUACCUCCCUCCACCCCUCCCCUUGCCACACCCGCUCCCCCAGUCUCACCAAAGCUGCCACCCUCACUGCCAGGAUUAUCGAUACUGAGAUAGUGCGUGAGGGAACCAAGUCACACGCCAUCUACAUCGUGAGUGUGAUGCGUCGAGAUCUGUCUGGCCAGGAGGAGCUGUGGCAUGUCUUCAGGAGGUACUCGGAGUUUUACGACUUUCACCUCUCCCUCGUGGCUAAGUUCCCAGAGUUAUCAUCGGUGGCGUUCCCAAGCAAGAGGAUGCUAAACAACUUGGCCGCUUGGUUCCUGGAGAAGAGGAAGUCGGAGCUGGACGAAUGGCUGCAGUGUGUCCUGGCGCCCUCCACUCUCCAGGCUCACUCGGGGCUCCUUGACGCUGUGCAGAAGUUCCUAGACCAGACCUCCUAUCUCUCCUCACAGCCACAGAAUCUAGCAAAGAAGAUGGAGGACAACCUGAUGGUGCCGCUGAAGGCUGGGGUGCACAAUGUGAGCCGGGCGGUGCGUUCCAUGCCAGACACGGUGUUCAACACAGUGGAUGGAAUGGUGGAUGGCCUGUAUAGAAAAUUCGUCAAGCCAACACACCCCAGACUCUCCGUCAACACCGAUUACACUCACCGCGGAUCCUUUGACUUGGAGGGUGAUGAGAACAUCCCGCUGCGUAUUCUGCUACAACUGAUGGACGAGGUGUUUGACCUGCGCAGCAAAGACCAGUGGUUCCGCCGUCGCAUCAUGCUGUUCCUGCGCCAGAUACUGAAGGCAAUGUUCGGAGAUAUCGUGAACCGUCGCAUCGUGGACUAUGUGGCAUUCAUCACCGCUCCUGAACAAGUCGCUGAUUACGUCAAGACAUUUAAGGAGUCGCUGUGGCCCAAUGGAAUUCUUGUGACCCCUUCAGCGGAGCGAGACGAGGCCAUCAAGAUGCGGACCAGAGUGGCUGCGCGAACCUGUAUGCUGGCCAGUAUCUCAGAUGAGCUGAAGGCCAUCCUGGGGAGCCAGACCACAGCGCGGGGGGUGCUGGGGGUGUACGACACAGUGCAGUGGCCAGCACUCAACAGACGGCUGGUGUAUGUGCUGCUGGAGGGCAUGGUGGAGUCCCUGCUGACCAACCAACGGCAGAUCCCACCCCUGCUAAGGUCACUCCAUGCAGGGUCAGCUCGCAUCACUGCCAAGCACGUGCCACACCCCAGACGCACCCGCUCUGACAGAUGAUGAGGAGGAGGAAGAGGAGGAGGAGGAGGUGAGGUUGUUGUGGUGGUGGUGGUGGUGGUGGUGGGAAUACAAAGGAAAUCCAAAUAUUCCUGGCUCUUCUUUAUUAUGGAGUGAAGGA